AUGGAGAGCUUGAAGCGAGCAUGGAAUCAGCUUGUGUAUACGUUCAGCACAGAGGACCGGUAUGCGGAAUAUACCCCCCAAGGUAGCACGAACGUGGUCGGCGGGGAGCCGUUUGACACGUCUAACGCAUCCAGGAUCCAGUUGAACGAGUUUGUCGACGGGGCCGAGGUAGGGGGCAACGACGGGGUGAGCGAGUGUCUCUUGGCGUGGCGGCACAUUGACAGCUGGUGCAGCGAGCACAACCCAGACUUGUACGCCACAUUGAGCUCUCCUUGCACGAACAACGACAUUAUGUGGGCGGAAAAGGACUUGGCGAUCACAUUCCCCGCGGCGGUGCGCGCCUCGCUCCGCACGCACGACGGGCAGGAAGACGUCGAGUCGAUGCAGGGGGCGUCGGGGUUGAUCUACGGGUUGAAGCUGAUGGGGCUCGAAGAGGUGGUGAUCAUGACGCGAACCUGGCGCAACGUCGCUGCUAAUCUCCAGCGCCAGAUGGCUCGGAUGGAGCAGCAGCAGCGUGCCAAGUCAUCCAGCGAGCUUCCGCAGACCGUGACGCCACAGGCAGUGAAACAGAAGGGCUACGGCAAGGUGGACAACCAGGACUACCACGCUAACCCGCAUUUACAGAAGGACAUAUCGCAGAACUACAACAAGCAGUUUAAACUGGACAAGCUUCCAAAACAGGGCUCUAUUCCGCCGUUGGCCAUCCAGCCGGUGUAUGCGCACCCAGGCUGGAUUCCGCUAGUGACGGACCACGCCGGGAACCACAUUGGUGUCGAUCUUGCUCCAGGCCCAAAGGGUAAGUACGCGCAGGUCAUCCUUUUUGGCAGGGAGUUUGACACGAAGUUUGUCGUUGCCGAUAACUGGGGUGACUUUUUGUUGGGCUUCGUGAAUGAUUUGGAGAAAGGCAACUGGUUGCUAGUCGACAACACGGAUGACUACUUGAACGGCGAAGGUGACUUGGUAUUUGUGGACCACGCGACCCGUGGGCCCAUUCUCAACUACUUGGCUGUCUUGAAGAAGCGUAGCUGGGAGAAGUGGCAGUCCACCAAACCCACACAGCCCCUAACCUCCGCAUCCGUCGCUUCCUUCAGCACAUCCAGCUCAGUUGUUAACAGGCCAACCCCCGCGGACGCGGCAGGGCAAGCGAGGAAGACCCAGGGCUAUUCCCCUAUGGUACCCGGAGCUUCGUCCAAUGAAUCUGUCUCUUUCAUUCCUGAUAGCGAUGUGAUAAUGGAGGAAUCCAAUCUCACGCAAACUGACGCAUCAUCUAAAGGAACAACCAAACCAGCUACUCCGAAUCCUAUGACUGCACCUACGGUGAUCCGGGUUUCCACCCCUGGUUCUCCAUCCGCUGCUGCUGAGGCUCCUGAGCCGCCAAAGAAGGCCACGCCUCCAAAAGCAGCCAAGGAAACUAAGACACCUACGGUUACUAAGGAAUCCACUCCUGCUAGCGACGCUAAUGUCGACACGGAGCUCGAUAGCAAGAAUACCGAGACCAACGAGGACACUAGGGCCACCAAUACUGCACAUUCAAUGGCUCCAACGGUAUCAUCUGCCAUUACGGAUUUGACUGCCAUUGAUGAACCUGUGGCCACCGCGGGGAAACCAAAGGACACUGAAAAGACCGACGACGCGAAGGAUGUACAUGAAGCUAAUAAACAGGAUCUCACCAAGGCAAACGAGGCUGAGGCUGAGGAGAAUGCAGUGGAGCCAAAAGAUAAUGAGGUCAGCGCUGACUCCAAAGUCAAAGCUCGUGCAGAAUCAAAAUCCGACCACGAUAGCAAAACAAAUAACAUUCCAGAAAAAAAAGUUCCACAGGUGACGGCGAAAGCAUUACCGGAAAGUGAUAGAGGCCAGGCUUCAGACGCCGCCAGCACCAAAAGUGACAAAAAAGCCAAGCCUGCCGAGGACCCUAAAGAACAUGAUCUUAAGAUCGAAAAGUUGAACGAGGACUUCGAAACAGUGGCUCUUUGA